GACUCUAGAGCAGAGGUUGCCUCCAAACAUCUGAUGACCAUUGACCUAAUAACACAGGGAAACGUUUAUCUUUUAGUGGAGCCCCUGGUUCAGACCCGGUUCAGACAGACUGCAGAAGUGGGCGUUUCUUUGAAUACAGAAUGUGGGGCAUUUGGAGCAGAACUAUGGUGAAGGUGGGGAUGCCAAAACCAUGUGCCUUGGUGAAACCCUGCCACUUAGUGAAGCCUGUAUCUGCCACCCGCAUUUCUGGACGGUAUCUGACCCAUCAGAAGGGCUUGCCCUCUCUGCCUGUGCCCCCUCUGCAGCAGACCUGUGAGCGCUACAUUGCAGCGCUUGAACCUAUUGUGACUGCAGAGGAGCUGCAGCGCACAAAGGUCCUUGUAGAUGGGUUUCAGAAACCUGGAGGAGAGGGAGAGCGACUACAGAGGACUCUGGAAAAAAGAGCUGAAAACACAGAAAACUGGCUAUCCGAGUGGUGGGUGCAGGUGGCAUAUCUUGACUACCGGUUGCCAGUAGUGGUCCAUUCUAGUCCUGGCUUGGUAUUGCCUAAGAUGAACUUCAAUGAUAAACAUGGACAAAUACAAUUUGCUGCCAAACUUAUUGCAGGAGUCUUGGAUUUUAAGACAAUGAUUGACAAUGAAACGUUGCCUGUGGAAUACAUGGGAGCUAAGCCUCUGUGCAUGAAUCAGUACUAUCAGGUACUUUCAUCAUGUCGCAUCCCUGGACUGAAGAGAGAUUCAGUAGUGAACCAUGCCAGGAGCUCUUUGCCACCAAAACACAUCACUGUAGUUCACAACUGUCAAUUCUUUGUUCUAGAUGUUUAUAACAGCGAUGGGACUCCGCUGAGUGUUGACCAGCUCUCUGGCCAGUUGGAACACAUCUGUAAUUCCUCACAGCAAACCAACUCAGACCCUGUUGGCAUCCUCACAACUUUAGACAGGGAUUCAUGGGGCAGGACAUACCAAAACUUCAUCAAGGAUAAAACCAACCAAGCUUCUGUGUCAGCUAUUCAAAGAAGCAUCUUUACUGUGUGUUUGGAUGGAGCAAUGCCAGUGGUUGCAGAGGACAUGUAUCAAAGCUGUGCUGCUGUCCAAAUGCUGCAUGGAGGAGGCAGCCAGUGGAACAGUGGCAACCGGUGGUUUGACAAAACUCUGCAGUUUAUUAUUGGAGAGGACGGAACAUGUGGAGCAAACUAUGAACAUGCCCCAGCUGAGGGUCCUCCAAUUGUGGCCUUGAUUGACCAUGUUGUUGAAUAUACGAGAAGAUCAGAGCUGGGACAAACUCCUAUCCUUAAGUCUUCUACAGUGCCACAGAAAUUACAUUUCAACAUCAGCCCAGAAAUAAAAAAUGACAUUGAGGGGGCUAAGCAUGCAAUGAAUCAAUUGGCACAGGAACUGGAAAUGAGAGUUGUUGUAUUUGAACAUUUUGGAAAGAAUGUUCCAAAGAUCUAUAAAAUGAGCCCUGAUGCCUUUAUACAAGUUGCUCUACAGCUGGCGUUCUACAGAAUGUACCAGCAUACCUGUGCCACUGAGAGUGCCUCUUUGCGCAUGUUCAGGCUUGGUCGCACAGAUACCAUACGAUCAGCCUCAACUGCCUCAGUUGAAUUUGUCAAAGCCUUUGACAAUGUGUCCAAACAAAACACAGAAAAAGUAGAAUUGUUGGAAAAUGCUGUAAAAGCACACAGAUGGUACACUAACAUGGCCAUCAGUGGACAGGCGAUUGAUAGACACCUGCUUGGGCUAAAGAUGCUGGCUCUUCAAGAACAUUCCCCUUUGCCCCCGAUCUUUACUGACAAGUCUUACAGCAAAGCUUUGCACUACAUACUGUCCACCAGUCAGGUACCAUCCAAGACAGACUGUGUCAUGUGUUUUGGACCUGUUGUCCCAAAUGGAUAUGGUGUCUGCUACAAUCCUAUGGAAGAUCAUAUAAAUUUUGCAGUGUCGUCUUUUAACACAUGUAAUGAGACAAAUGCAGCAUCUUUUGCACAAACUGUGAGGGAGGCCUUGUUGGACAUGAGGACUCUUCUUGAGCAAACACCCAAAGCCAAACUCUGAAUAUGAAGAAGGUUGUUUAUUGACUUUGGUAUUAUAGUUAUGCUUGUUGAUGUCAUUUCAUUUUCUCAUCACGAGAUAUAAUUGCACAUUGGUUUACAAAUUUUUACUUCAGAUGUAAAUAUUUUCAAAUCACUUUUAUCUAUGCUGUUAACUAAAUAUAUCUGAAUAAACUUUUAUGCCUUUUUGACUUAUUUUAUAGGACUAA